AUGUCUCAAGCUCAUGGGUUGGCAGACUUCGAAAAAGAGCUGGUCUGCUCGAUCUGUACGGAACUCUUCUACCAGCCCCUCACCCUCCUCGACUGCCUCCACACCUUCUGUGGCUCCUGCGUGAAAGAAUGGUUCUCCGCACAAGGGUCGCGGCCCUCCCGCACCGCACCCCGUUUUACCUGCCCCUCCUGUCGCGCCGAAGUGCGCGAUACCCGCCCAAAUGCCACCGUCACGACCCUACUGGGCAUGGUCUUGGACGCGCAUCCAGACCGUGCCCGAUCAACUGAAGAGAAGGCCGAAAUCGCACAACGGUACACGCAUGGGGACUCUGUAUUUCCAGCUUCUUCAUCGGGCGGGGAAAGCGCAGAUGAUCGUGAUGAUGCACGGGUGCUGGAGGGGGUGCGCGAGCUGAGUCUCCGGGAAAGUCGGGCGCAGGCCAGGCGGGAGGCUCGCCGUGGGGCAAAUUCCUCGCGAACUCGCGACAGCGGACAUACCGAUAGACAUGCGGAGGAGGGGCGGUCGAGACGGAGGAGAGAAGAGCGCGCACUACGUCCUGACGAGUCAGAGCGGUCACGGCGAGUUGAGCAUCAGUCCAGUUUGCGAUCGCUGCUGAGUCUGUCUGGGGACAUGGAGACUAUGGAGGAAGAGAUCCUGCGGCAGAUUCUUGAGGAUGGGUUACUAGAUGAGAUCAACUUGGAUGUCUUGGGACCGAGACAGGAAGAGGAACUCAGCGAGCGCAUUGCGGAUGCGUAUCGCCGGAGACACAUGCGGCAAUCGCGAUCUGGGCAACGACCUGAUCAGAGCCAAAGACAGGAAUCAGAUGCUCCAACACGAGCGCACCGAUCAGAAUCCACACAGAGGAAUGCGGAAUCUACACCGGCCACUCGAGAACACAAUAAUAGACGGCCGCCAGCUUCGAGACCGCAUCUGCUAAAUGCAGCACCGACACGACCGAGCAUUUCAAACCAUCAAAGACGAAACUCUGAACAGGGUAAUGGGCGUCGACGCACCUCGCCAGUUCGAACACAUCAGGCAUCGGCGUCAGACGACGCCAUACGGCCGGCUACCCGGUCCUCGAGUGAUAUGACUGCAGACCGGACUCGCGCGUCUCAAACUGGACGGAUUAGAUCAGAAUCCUCAUCAGCUAGACCGCGACGUGCUACUGAGUCGGGGCAGAAUGCUACCGGCGCCUGGAUAGCCGGUGGUCGAGAAAGAAGUUCUCAUCGACAAGUGGCCAGCGAAUCGACCAACUCCACUGUCACCGCAUCCCCAACGACCGCCCAGCGCCAGACCGCAACUGAGCAGAAUAUGCCCUCCAUGUCCUCACCCCUUGUUCCCGGCAGGUCAGACAGGAGAACGAGACCAUCAUCUCGAUCUAAUGGUCCUGCCUCUCCUGUACAGUAUGUCGAACCCUCCAUCUCUUGUGACAGGUGCAAAAAGACCGGAAUUCAGUAUGACCUGCAUAAGAGAUGCACGAAAUGCAAAAACAGGAAUUUCCACCUUUGUCUUCGGUGCUAUCGAGAUGGACGUGGCUGUCAUCAAUGGAGCGGGUUCGGCAUAUCUGCCAAAAUCAGCUUCCAACGAAUAAUCGCCUCCUCAACCAGCCAGCCUAUACCGAUCAACGAGUCGGGCCAUGUCAUGGUCUGGUUCAAGUAUCAACGUCCAUCGGAUGUCUUUACAAGCACCACAAACGGCGAACGACUGAUGACAAAUGACAAUCCUGCUCGCCGGCUACAAAGCGGUCUUUUCUGUGAUACGUGCCAAUCUCCAGCCAACGACUGCUUUUGGGAAUGUAGGAAGUGCAAUGAUGGAGAUUGGGGAUUUUGCAACUCCUGUGUCAACCAAGGACGAUGCUGUACCCACGCCUUGCUACCUAUACGACGCAUCGUCCAUGCUCCACCUCCAGUUUCGUCAUCAAGCCCACACUCGCAAGUUACUGCCGACUCAUCUGCUGCACCUCCCGUGCCUACUGAAGUUGAAAGCUUCAAGAUUCUGUCAUUCUCUACGAAUUGUGAUAUCUGCACCUAUCCAAUCCCAGCUUCCAACACUCGUUAUCACUGCCUAGAGUGCAACGGAGGCGACUACGACGUCUGCAAGAACUGCUAUCUCAAACUGGUCGCCACGGGCAAAAUAAGCAGAGAAAACGGCCAUCAAGGCUGGCGGCGUUGCAUCGCCGGACACCGAAUGAUAACAGUUGGGUUCGAGGACCAUGAGGAAGGUCAGCGCCGCGCCAUUGUCAGUGAUCUCGUCGGUGGUCGCGCACUGAAAGACGACCACGUCGCACAAUCGCAACCUCAAUCUCCCGCCUCGGAAGUAAGUGGUCUGAUUGCGUCCCCCAGACUGGGCACCGGCGACUGGAGCUGGAAGGAGGGCCCUGGGCCCGAAAGGCGGAAAAAAGCAUCCCGCAUCCGUGGCACUGCUCUAGCACACAUUGGAGGCCAUGGCUCUGUUUCGGAUCUCUCGAGUCAAUCUGGCGCAAGUCCCAUCCAAAACAUCCCGCCAUUCCGCAAUUUCCCGCCCAACGGUGGUGUCGGACUCAUUGUCCAGGCUCGUUGGUCAUAUUAUCCUGAUGAAGAUGUGCAGGAUGAAUUGGCGUUCCCGCGUGGUGCAGACAUCACCGAGGCGGAAAAUAUCAAUGGUGAUUGGUACUGGGGCUGCUAUGCUGGAAGGACAGGGUUGUUCCCUGGUUCGCAUAUCAGGGUGGUGAGGGAAGUCCACAAGUAG